CUGUUUGAAGAACAAAACGAACAGAAUAACAGAAAGCAGACAGCGGCUAAUAGAACUAGUGAAAAACUCGUUCCUAAUUUGUUCUGUCAGUUUUAAUAUUCGGAGACUCUUAACAGAGCCCGUAUAUGAUUUACAACAGCUUAAAUUUACGCUUCUAUAAAUUCCUUUGUGGAUAUUAUUUCAAAUGAUUGUUUUCUGGAUAAUAUAACGAUUAGCCGUCUGGCUGAAUUUAUUUUCUGUAAUUAACAGACUGCUUCUGUAAUUAGUAGACCUGUUUAAUGUGGGCUCCAAACGGGACACUGUCAUUACAGUUAAAACCCUGCUUUGAGACCACUGUCGUCUGCUUAACCCUGGAAAAUAAUAACGCUGAGAUUCUUCAUCGGCUUCAAGAGGAUUUCAUCAUUUCAGUUAAUUCAUCACAUUUCUACAAGGAGCUAUUCUCGCUGUAUCUGGACCUGCCUAGGUACUGGACUGCAACGUGGAAGCUAUUACCUCACCUGUCCUGACCUGUUCUGGACUGGAACGCGUUAUUAGAAAAUGCUUGAUAUUUUGAAAGUCUGUCUGGGGGUGUUUUGCCUCUCAGCAGUUUGGUCCCAAGAUCUGCAGCAGGUCACGGGGAUUGUGGGAGAAUCAAUCACUUUUGAAAUCCCAAACCUACUAACGAAUCCCGAAAUAAACUGGAGAUUCAGUCCUAUAUCAGCAUCAAUCAAUGCCAAUCUCACUGUGAGAAUUAAUAACAGGAAGAUCGAGACUGUUUAUGAGGAGAGAUUCAAAACAAGACUGCAGCUGGUCAAUAAUACCGACUCUCUCAGGAUUAAUAACUUACACGAAGCAGACAGCGGGUUUUACCAAGUGGAGGAUUUCGGUACCAAUAGAUUUCUAAAGAAAUUUCAGCUGACUGUUUACAAGCCUGUUCCAAAGCCUCAUGUUAAAAAGAUGGAUGGAAAUGUGGAGCUGGGAAACAGAACCUGCACCCUGCUGUGCUCUGUGGGAGGCCCCAGUGGAGUGACCGUGUCCUGGAUGAGAGAUGGGAAGUCACUCAAUACAACUCAACUAAAGCUAACACAAGGGUGUAAUGUUACCUACACCUGUGUAGCCAGCAACCCAGCCAGCAAUCAGACCGUCACUGUCACACCUUCAGAUUACUGCCUGGACAAAGGGCAUGGUGCUGUAACACAGUGCAAUCACUAUAUUGUGAUCAUCGCGCUGUGCUUGUCCUGGCUGUCACUUUGAUGCAUCUCAGUAGAAGGAAGGCUGCUGCUGAGCGGCACGGCAGGUUUUUAUAUAAAUAUAUUUUUUCUUUUCACAACUAAGAUUGCCCUUGUGUCUCGAGGGUCUCUCCUGGUAAAGGCACGGCCGCGUGGUGUGCAGGGGGAGUCACACUGUCAGGGGAGCGCAGGGGUCCCCGAGGGUCUCCCCUGGUAAAGGCACAGUCGCGUGGUGUGCAUGGGAAGUCAUACAGUCAGGGGAGCGCAGGGUCCUGGCUGGAUAAUCGCUGGAUAAAAGACAAAGCUAAUAAUGUCUUGUUUCUCUUUCCUCCCCAACAGGAUUGACCGCCAUCAGCUUGGAAAGCAGCUGAAGCACAGGAGCAGAAUCGCCAUGCUUCUGUAGUUCAAAGGUGUAAAAUAUAAAUAUGUGUACAUAACUUAUAUAUUGCAAAUAAUAUAUGUUAUAAAGGGCUGAGCCGUGACAUGCGGUAUUGAAAUUCUGUCUAACCCUUGGAAAAUUAACCCUUUAAAGAAAUUCCAUGUUGCACUGUGAGAAGGGUCAUCUGUCACUGAAGGGAGUAAAACGGCAGCUGGAAGGAUUCAAAUAGAAAGAAACGGAUAUCAGUCAUGCAAUUUACCGUAUUCUAUAACUGAAAGACUCGAAGAAAAAGAUGCAGGCAACUUGUUAAAGAAAUAGACAUUGACCCUUCAUGAAUAGAGUCCCAAGCGCAGCUGUGACCACACUCCCCUCUCUGGCUUCAGUGCACUGUGCUGUGCUUUUACUGUGGGAAACUUUUAUAAGGGUUAGUUUACCAUGGUUUGUUUUUUUAACAUGCUUUACCAUACCUCUGUCACAAAUUAAUCUAAAACCUGUCUUCCCUUGCAAAGGUGCUAUCCUUUUUUGAGAGAAAGGUAUAUGUAGCAGAGAUAGAUGUCUCUUUGAUAGAAACAGUUUAAUUUGUUUGAAGUCUUCCCACUGAUGAUGGGAAUGGGUAUGUAGAGAUGGAAGCUCUGCUAUCAGGCUUUUAAAGACACACCUGUGGUGGCUUUGACAGAGAGCAGAAACUGACCCAGGACUGUGACAGCUACUGGAAGUAGGCUGAUCUUUGGAAUGCAAAUUGAACAUUUGUGAACCUGCAUGUGUGUUAAAAUGUUGUAAUAACUGGUACUGUGUUUUAAAGACCAUAAAGCCAGCAGAAAUACUAAACACAUUGUCAAAACACGCUGUUCAUACAAAAAGUUACAAUCUGCUCUGUAUUAACCUAUAGUUAUGCUAGAGCAUUCUGCAUUCCUGUUUAUUCUAUUAUAACCUUGAGAGAAGUAAGCUUGAUCUGAAAGUAGUGUUUAAUGUAAACACAGGUAUUCUAGAAUAAUUCAAACAGAAUAGAAGUCUAAAUGUUUUAUUUUAACAGAAGAACUGUUACGUAUGAAAACUAAGAGAAUAUAGUGCAGAAACUAACUUAAAGUAAAAACUUCAUUCAAAGCAUAAUAGUACCAGUCUGUGUCAGGCACAUAGCAGUCUUGCUAAAGAGAAGGUGAUUAAUCUUGGUAACCUUUGCUUGCUUGCAGUACCAGACGGAGGGUGAUGUUUGGGGGUUUGGAAUCCAAGGUUUAUAUGAUAAGUGAUCUAUUACAUAUAAGAAAUACCUCUUGGUAUAGGAAAGGGGGAGUCAGUGGUGAACUAUAUGGACUCAUUAAAUCAUAGGAACUAAUGAAGGCCUGAUAUUUCUACUAAUGAUGGAUGACCUCGAUAGAGAAGCAGGUGGUUCGAAACUUGCCUGAACAGGAUUUUUGUAAGAAAAAAACAGAGAGGUCACGUUUAGUUUAAAACACUGAAUGAGACUGUUAUAUUUUCCUGACAGACUGAAUUGAAGUGAGAAUGCUUGGAUAUAUAGUUGCCUGCUUGAAGUUCGCUAUGAGCCUUCUACCAGCCCCUAUCCAAUAUAUUUUAGUUAAUUGUUAAAUCAUAUCUAUGCAUGUAAUGAAGCCAACCAAAUAAGGAGGAUGUAUUUUGAUGUUAAAGAGGAUAUCCAUAUAUUUUUUGACUUAGGAUUGGGAUAAUUACACCGAGAUAGGUGUUAUAUAUUAAAUAAGCACAUCUUUCUAUGUAUUUUUUAUAUACUUUAUUAUUAUUAUUAUUAUUUGUUUAUUAAGCAGACGCCUUUAUCCAAGGCAACUUACAGAGAUUAGGGUGUGUGAACUAUGCAUCAGCUGCAGAGUCACUUACAACUACGUCUCACCCGAAAGACGGAGCACAAGGAGAUUAAGUGACUUGCUCAGGGUCACACAACGAGUCAGUGGCUGAGGUGGUAAUGAACCGGGGACCUCCUGGUUACAAGACCUUUUUCUUUAACCACUGGACCACACAGCCUCCUGCACUGUAUACUUGCACUGUAUUCACAUGCAUGCUGUGUUCAGGAACUCCCUGGUACCAAAAGAGAAUAACAUCAGUUCAAAAGUUCACCUUACGUAUUUUGGAGAUGUAGGAGAGGUGGAUUAGGGGAUGAUGGUUAAUUAAUUUUAUGAAGGGAGUUACUGAGUGUUAUAAAAAUGUUAUUAACUUGAAGGACAGGAGCUGUUAAGGCUGAUUAAUGUUUAAGACUUAAUUGAGACUUCUGACUUAAGACGCGAGGCAAAAUCUUAGUCAAGUGUCACCAACUUGCUAACUACAAGUUGUGUGAUCCAUGCUCUGAAGAUCUCUGAUCGAGCUGAUUGCUGUUGGUGUCGUGUUCAGAAGUCUUUGCCUUUGAAUACAGUUCCUGUCCUUACCUUAUAUUCUACACUUCUAUAUAUAUUUUUGGGAGGUAAGAACUAUUUGGAAUCUAUAUCUCUCUUAUAUUGAUGCAUUGCUAUAAGGUAUAUGACUUAUGUUUUAGUCUAUGAGGUUGAUAUAUUGGAUGUUUUAGGAGUUAGCGGUGGGGGUCUUUAGUUUUAUGCAUGCAUAGCCUUAGGGCAAAACAUGUUGUAACCAUAAAAUGUAUUGAAGUAUUAAUGCUAUUAUACCUGUUAAGGCACUGGACCUCCCAGGUUGCCUGUCAGCUGGGAUUCAACGUAGUCUGUAACUACUCAAUCCAUUUUUUAGCAUUUAAUAAACCGAAGGGGUACCAAUACUACUCUGAUUCGUUAAAAC